CAAUAUUGUUAACUUUAUUUAAUCUAACUGACUGACCACCAUCUCUUUCUUUAUCUCCCCUCCUCCUGCUGCAACUAUUUCAUUUCCACAAGCUUCCAAACCAAGAGAAUUAAUGGAAAGUAAGAUUUACAAUGUUUAUUCUCCUUGUUGUCUUCUGUUAUGUUCACAAUGAAACACAAGACAACAACAAUUCCCCUCUGGUUAAUGGGUAUUUCUCGCUUUCUUGAUUCCUCCACUCCAAAAAUAUGCUUAUGGCAAUUUCCCUAGAUUCUUCUAUCCAAUUUAAGCAACAGAUUGAAAAGCUCUUUUUCAUCCAUGGCUUAUGUUGAGACCAAGAGUAAGCUGGGGAAUCGUUAUCAUCAUCAUCAUCUUCUUCUUUCUUAUUGUUAUAGUCCAAACAGGCUGUUUGGAUAUCUUGGUUAUCAGAUAUGAUCAUGGUUCCUGCUGGAAACCUUUCUAAGCAACAACAUCUUCCUCAAGUUAGCAGUGACGGUGGCGGCUUUUAUGGUUAUUGCGGUAAAAGUUACACAGAGAGUUUCGGUCUUAUGAGCAGUGUUCCUGGGCAUGGCGGCUAUCACAGCGAUGCUUGCUUAGGAUCUGAUCUAGGUGCUAAUUCCAUGGCUGAAGAUGAAUCCAGAACUAAUAGUACUGUUAAUGAGGGAUCCAGCUCCAAGGAUAACAAUCAAGAACAAGAAGAGCCAGAUAAAGGUUGGCUCCAACUCAGUAUAGGGGGUCAGGCAACAGCAUAUGAAUAUGAUCACAAGAAGCAUGACCAAGGCGAUCCAGCGUCCAGACGAGGAGGGUUGAUGGAGCUUGAUCUUUUACCUGCUGCUACCUCACAACAAUCAAGGCCUUUAGCCCCCAUUUUUCAUAUGCCUGAGUUUCGACCUCCACCACCACCUCCAACCCUUAUGCAUAGUUUUAGUACUUUAUUCUUUCAACACCAACAAGGAAGUAGCUCCAUGAUCCCUCAUCAUGGGGAGCUUAGCUGGGCAUUUAAGCCUAUAGCAGCCACUCCUUCUUCCACUUCUUCCUAUUUAUCCAGACCAUUUCAGGUGCAAUCAAUGGAUGUUGCCGGGCCGAGCUCGGAGGUUCGAAUCAUUGAUCCUCCCAGAAGGCCCCAUUCUGGCAUUUGGUUUAUGCUAGAAGCAUCACGCAAUCAAGCCAAAGAACCGUUCUUACCUCAAAUACCAAAGAGCUAUCUGAGAAUCAAGGACGGGAAGAUGACAGUGCGAUUAUUAAUGAAGUAUGUGGCUAACAAGCUGAGACUGGAUAGCGAAUCAGAGAUAGAGAUAAGAUGUAAAGGCCGACAGCUUCAACCAUUGUUGACAUUGCAGCAUGUAAGAGAUCAAAUAUGGAGUUCAAGACAAGCUCCUGCAGAUUAUACUUCAACAACACCUGAUGAUAUUUAUAAUAAUAACAACAACAACAGCAAUGUCAUGGUUCUGCACUACGGUAGGAGCUAGGGCUUGAAAUAUUCAAACACCAAUCCCCCCCCCCCCUUUUUUUUUUUUUUUAUGUAUGUGAUGAAUGAGUGACCGAAUGUAUCAUUCUUAAGUUAUGGAAACCCCAUCCCUUAUUUUCUUUCUUUCUAUUUAUUAUUAUUAUUUGCUGUAAUCUCCACUAAUGGACAAAAUAGUUUUGGGAUGCCCAUGUUUUGAUUUUGGGGCCAAUUCCGUAAUACUGUGUUUCCAAGCUUCAUGUUUCAAUUAAAUUAUUAUCAUUUCUUUUCUUUUGAUACAA